CAUUCGAGUGGAAAGUGUUUUCAUUGUUCGUUGUUUUGCAUAGUUAUCGCAAAUAUGGCCGACUACGAUUGGACUGAUCAUCAUCGGCAGCAAGUUUUACAGGGUCGCCAAAUACUGGAGCGAACCUCGGCCAGCCUUGCACGCUCCAAUCAGAUAGCCAUCGAAACGGAACAUACUGGACAUGAGGUAAUAUCAGAACUAGAAGUGCAACGCGAGUCUCUAUUGCGCAGUCAACGUCGCCUGGAAGGCGCGAAUGAAAAUCUCAGCAAAUCGGGUGCUAUCCUUCGGGCGAUGCAACGUAAUGUGCUGUUCAACAAGCUCAUCCUCGUAAUGAUCAUCGUUAUGGAAGUAGUGAUCCUCAGUGGAAUGAUCUAUUUAAAGUUUAUUCAUUGAACAUCGUUUUCCGCACGCCAAAGCGAAGCAAGUCUCCGUAUGCCAUGAUUGUACCCGAGAGCAAAGUGGUAUUACAGCGUUCUAUAAAGAUUGUCUAGGUGGUUAGCCUGGUGAUAUCA